AUGCAUUUAGAAGGCUUUACAGUUGAGCUGCUGGUCGAUGGGCAACCUCUUGAGGAAUAUAGUGAACCUGCCUCAAAACAAGCUACUUGUGAGGACAAAUCAUAUAUCAGAAACGAAGAUACACUUGAACCGCAGAUGAGUGAUAAAAUAGUGUAUGCGGCGGUCAGAGAUCCAAACGCGGACUUUAAAGUACGAUUUUCAGGCUCAACCCAUAAUAAUAGUAAUGGCCUUUUAUCAGCGAACGUACACAUCGAUGGUAAAUAUGAUUGGACGUAUACUGCAUUAGCCAGGAGCAGCAACAACAACACCACCACGAAAUCAGUAUCACAAGGUUCCUUUGAGAAUGAUGAAGAAGGAAUAAGAAAACAAAAAUUCAAAUUUGGUACGAAACAAUGGACCGAAAAGAAUGAAGUGUCCCAAGUUGGAAGUUUUGGAGUUGUCUCGGUAGUCUUUUAUAAAGCUCGACGAGUGGUGGUAACACGUCAAAGCACACCACGCGAAAAUCAUCAGAUGAAGGGACGACAGCAGCAGCAGCAACAACAAAGACAACAUGUAAAGGAUAAAUCGCCUUCAUCAUCUUCAUCAUCAAAGAGUAAACUUGCAUCGCUCCCUAAAAAUCGUCGUCGUAAGAAAAGGACACAUAAUAAAAGACCACGUAAUACAAUUCAUCUGAAGGAGGAAGGCGAUCCAUUGGCUAUUUUACAUUUACACUAUCGUUCAGUUGAAUGGUUAAAGAUGAUUGGUCACGAUAUUCCCGAAAAAAUAAACGAGGAAGAACAUAUGAUUGUGGAAGAAGCGCGAGAGAAUCGAAAUGAUACUCAACAGUUAUCCGAAAAACAGGAAUCAGCAACAUUCUCUAUUAUGGACAUUGCAACAUAUGGAUGGUCACGAUUAAAAUCAAUGACCAGAAAAAUAUUUUGA